AUGAAACAAUGCAACAACAUCACGCCCAUCAACAUCACCAACAAGGGGACCUACAUCGACAGGGAACGGCGGCGGUGGAUCACCCAGUUCAACAUCCCCAUGCGCGACACGUUCCCGGACGGAUUCCCCAUGGGGACGCCGACGUUGAACGUCCAGCGGUUCCUGACCGCGUUGAACAUGACUCGUCCGGAGUACUUGGUCCCCGCGUUGGAUGCGGUAUAUGCUGCCUUUUGGAAUCCAAGUGCUAGUUCCAGUACCAGGACGAGGGCCAAUGCCAGUUCUGGCACCACCACCACCACCACCACCACCACCACCACCACUGACGACGAAACGAAAACCGAAGCCGAAGCCUUGAAAGUAUGGGAGCCGCGCGUGCUCGCAGACCUGCUGAAGAGGAACAAAGUCGUACCUGCAUCCGUGGUCGACGAGUGCCUGUCGAAGAUGGCCACGGGGGCCGUCAAGGCCGAGUUGUCGGCGAAGACGCAACAGGCGUUCGAGGACGGCGCGUUUGGCCUGCCGUGGUUCCAAUGUGAAGAUGUCAGUGGUCACAAGGAGGGGUUCUGGGGGUUUGACCAUAUUGGUCAGGUCGUCAGGUUUUUGGACUUGAAGAAGAGAGACCGUAACGACGAUGAUGAUGAUGUGGAUGGGACCGUGAAUGGGGCACCGGGAGGAGAGUUGAAACCUUUGCUGUGA